AUGGGGCACCCAAUGAGCUGCUGCGGUCAUUUUCUACCUAGAAAAGGCAGCAGAACAGAGGAACUCAUUGGAGUUCGAGCUCAACAUCCUGGAAGUCAAGAAAGAUUGCAGAGAAAAUGGCGGGUCUGCCUCUCUAAAACAGACUAAGAGGAGAUGCUGGGUCAGAAAUAGUUUCCAAAUCAGCAGAAAAUACUGUAUCAUUGCACCCGUUUGAGGUUUGACCGGCAAGAUUGAAUCUCGGAUUAAAAUGAAGAAAAACGACUGCUAGAUAUGGUUAAAAAGCAAUGAACACUUGAAACUACUCGAUAAUUUCUAAGAUACAGAUUAAUCAGAGAAUAGCACAGAUCAAAAUUAUUCCCUCAAGAACACUAAUAUGAAAAUAAACGGCAUACCACACUUGACACUGAGUAAAUCAAAAAUUUCAAUAAAACCUAAGAAAAUAUGGCUUCCAGGCAAAAAAUGGCCCCGGACAAGAAGCACAUCAGAAGAAAAAUUGAAGUAAUGUAAGUUGAAAUUUAACGUGAUUAAAUGCUAAGCUCUAUAAGAGUUCAGGUAGAACAGUUCUUAUUUCACACACACAUCUUUAAUGACAAAUACAUACCCUCAGUCAAGCUUAAACCAGAUCCACUGAGUUUUCACAAACAUGAUGGUUUUUGCGAAAAUAUCUUCCUGGCCGUUAGAAUACUCGGGUUUAAAUAGCUGAACUGAAUCCUACUACUGCCUACUUAAGAAUAGAAUUUUCUCUACAAUCCAUGUGAAUCAUUCGUUUUUACAGACCAAAAAACCCAUGCAUAGACUAAGCGAACAUGACAAGGCUUCCACCACCCCGUUCCAUUGUCGCAUAUACGACAUUAUUGACCUCUGAUUACUGUUCCUAUUAACACAAAAGGCCAUUCGGACGUCAGACACAUGCAUUGAGUUUUAGUUCCGUGAAGAGACCCACAGGGUAACACAGAGCCAGAAACGAUCGGUGCAUAACUACUACAAUAUUCUCCCGUCUUAGUUCCAAAAGAUUGACCACUUCAUCAACAUGCAAAAUCCAGCCAAGCCAAAUAGCGAAACAACAUAGAUUAGAUGAUAAUCGUAUUCUCGAAACUAGUAAUGAUCCCACCACAGAUGAAAAAACCAACCACCGGAGAAAAAUCUGACAUCACUAGCACCGGGAACUACGGUUCUCAAUCGAGAAAUCAGAUCCAUCGCAGAGAAGAAACAGGUAAAGAAAACGACACAAGGCAGAUCGAUCCGACCUUCGCCCUCAUCGAAACCUGCCCCGCUGCUCUCCUGAGACGGCGCCGAACGCUCGCUCCCUCGUACCUCCUCGGCUACUAUGCGGCGUGUAAGAGCCUCCGCUUUGCCUUUAUAGAUGGCUGA